CAAUAUACAGUAGGUGUGUUCAUUUCCAACCAAUCACAACCCACAUAACUUCCUGUUUCCUAUCUUAUUAUGGAAAAAAAUGCAUUGGCGAUUUAAUGUGAAAGCAGAUCCCCUCAAACUUUUUACAGUUUUCUAUCGCCACGAUUUCAAGGAAAAACACUGCUAAACAUGGAUUCCAUGGAACUUGAUGACUGCGGCUAUGUAAAUAAGAAAUGUAUGACGCAAGGGCUCGUCACUGAAGUGAAUUUUCAACAAAGAAACAAGUCAUCCAGAUGUGUCACUGUGUGUCUUGGUUUACUGUGCGCUGUCUCACUGGCCGGUAACAUUGGACAAUUCAUCUACUACGAGCUAAUGCCUGGAUUUUCAAUGGCGGACCGGGCUAAUUCUGAUCAUCAGACUCGAGACCGCCAUCUCAACAACAUCUUUCCCACAGACAGAGACCACGUGGAGAGAAACCAGCUUGAGGUCAUGUUGAAUAAUCUGACAAGGAACAAAGACCUGUUACAGGCCAGUUACGAGUCCCUUGUUAAAGAGAAAGACCAGUUACAGACUCGUUACGAUUCUCUUGUUAAAGAGCAAGCACACCUUCAAACCAGUAAAACUACUGUGGCUGCUGAACGGGAUGAGCUAAAGUCCAGCCUAAACAGUCUUAAAAAUGAGAAAGACCACUUCCAACGCAAUUACUCUUCACUGAGAAGCGAGAAAGACCAGUUACAGGCCCAUUAUGAGUCCCUCGUCAAAGAGAAAGAUGUAUUACAGACCAGCUACGAUUCCCUCAUGAGAGAAAAAGAGCUUCUGCUAACGAGUAAAACCAAUGUAGCUGCCGAAAGAGAUCAGUUCAAGUCCCGCUUCAACAAUCUGAAAAAUGAGAAAGACCAGUUGCAACGAGAUUACGCUUCACUGAGGAAUGACAAAGACCUGUUACAGGUCAGUUACGGCUCCCUGGUUAAAGAGAAAGAACACCUUCAAACCAGUAAAACCACCUUGUCUGCUGAAAGAGAUCAGUUUAGGUCCCGCUUUAACAGUCUGAAAAAUGAGAAUGACCAGUUACAACGCGAUUACUCUUCACUGAGAAGCAAGAAAGAUCAGUUACAGACCAGCUACGAUAGUCUCUCUGAAGAAAAACAGCUUCUCCUUGCGAGUAAAACCACUUUGUCAACUGAAAAAGACGAGUUCCUGUCCCGCCUUAACAAUCUGGAAAAUGAGAAAGACCAGUUGCAACACAGUUACUCUUCAUUGAGAAGCGAGAAGGACCAGUUACAGGCCCGUUACAAUUCGCUCGAUCAGGAGAAAAAACUUCUCCUUGCAAGUGAAACCACUUUGUCAACUGAAAGAGAUCAGUUGAGGUCCCGCUUUAACGGUCUGAAAAAUGAGCAAGAUCAGCUACAACGCAGUUAUUCUUUGCUGAGAAGCGAAAAAGACCAGUUACAGACCCGUCACGCAUCACUCGUUCAAGAGAAAGCGGUACUUCUAACCAAUAACACCAAUGUGGCUGCUGAGAGAGAUGUGUUCAAGUCCCUCUACAAUGAUAUUAAAAAUGACAGAGCGCAUUUACAGAACAAUUACACUUUGCUGGAGGCUGACAGAGACCGGCUGGAAAGAAAUAACACAGCAUUGAGCAUCAGUGAAAGUAUGUGUCAGACCAGGUACUGGCUCCUGCAAAGACAAAAGGAGCGCAUUCACAAUGACUGCGACACUCUGCGGGUUGAAUAUGAGCAGCUUCGCGGAAACCAAAGCAGCCUUGAGACACAAAGGUACCAGUUGCAGAAGAACGUGGACAAGAUGACCGCCAAACUGAGCUACAUGCUCUGUGGGGUCGGCUGGAGAAAGUUUGACGGCAACUGCUACUUUGUGUCAAGCUUGAGUAAGAACUGGGCGGAAAGCAGACAAGACUGCAUCAGCAAGGGAGGCGAUCUGGUUAUUAUAAACAGCAAGGAGGAACAGAUAUUCGUUAAUGGUAUAUUGGGGCAAAGCCAGCAUGCAUGGAUUGGUCUGAGCGACCAAAUCGAGGAAGGAACGUGGAUUUGGGUGGAUGGGACCCCUCUCAAGACAGAGUUCUGGCAGAAGGGUCAGCCCAACAACUUCCGGAACCAGGACUGCGCUGAAAUCCAGAGCAAAUCCUUUCUCAUGUUCGGAGCCUGGAAUGACGAUAGCUGUUCCCUUAAACAACGCUGGAUUUGUGAGACUUGAAGACAAUAUGUAGCUUAAGACCUAACCCAUUAAACUUAAUGGAUACCUGCAGAUACAAUACAUCUCUUUGUGCUGAAUAGCUUCAGAAAAAUGCAAAAUUAUGAAAUGUUUUUUGUUUUUUUUUGUGUCCAAUUUUAAUGAUUUAUAUGUGAACAUGAAAACAUGAUUUGGGCAAAUCACCCUCAUACAGGCUUUACAUGUUGCCUUGUAUGCAAACUACACUGUUUACCAUUGGUAGAAAUAAAAUUGUACAACACAAUUCAUGACUGAAAUACAGGGCUGUAUUUUUGUGAUUUUUUUUUUUUUUUUUUUCUUAAUUUGAUUUUGUUUGU